AUGUUUGAACAAAUGCGACGAUUCAUCCAUUUUGCUGACUCAUCAAAAAUGCCACAGCGCGGUGCAAACGAUUAUGAUGUUUUGUACAAAAUUCGUCCACUCAUCAAACACUUCAAUGAACGGUUUGCAACGAUUCCGAAAGAACAAGAGAUGUCUGUUGAUGAACAAAUGUGUCGCACGAAAAUGAAGGCAUCAAAUAUCCGUCAAUAUAUGCCGAAAAAGCCACACAAAUGGGGGUUCAAACUGUUCGCAUUAUGUGAUUCAAAUGGAUUCUGCCAUGCAUUUGAAGUAUACACAGGUGCCAAAGACAAUGUUGUGCUUGAGAACGCUCCGGACCUUGGUGCUGCAUCAAACGUCGUUGUUCGAUUGACGCAAGGUGUGCCUGAUUUUGUGAAUCAAAUCAUCAACUGCGACAACUUCUUCAUGAAACCUGCGCUUGUGAUUUAUCUUCGGAGCCGCGGUAUACAUUCCUUGGGAACGGUACGAUGCAACCGCAUACCGAAUUGUAAGUUGCCAAACGAUGAAGCGAUGAAACGCAAAGAGCGUGGUUACAGUGAAGAAUAUGUUGCGAAUAUUCUUGGUUGCACCAUUUCUUCCGUUGUAUGGAAUGACACGAAAGCCGUGCGACUGCUGUCUUCAUACGUUGGCGUUUUGCCAUUCAAAGAUGAAUUCGAUCGUCGACGAAAACUAAACAAAGUCAGUCGUUGGGAUAAAUUAUCCAAAACACGGAAAGAGAUCGAUUGCCCACGCUUGAUUACCGCAUACAACGCACACAUGGGUGGUGUCGAUUUGAUGGAUGGACUGAUUGGCCGUUAUUUCAUACGAAUGCGAACGAAGAAGUGGACAAAUCGACUAUUUCACCACCUCAUCGACGUUGCUUUGGUGAAUUCGCAUUUUCUGUAUCAACGAGUGAUACGCGAAAGCAAAAUAGAAUUGCCUGAUUUCCGGAGUCAAGUUGCCGAAGUGAUGUGUGGUAUGGGAAAAGGCGCCCCGAAGCGUCCAGGCCGACCAUCAACCAAAGAAGAGCCAAUUCCGAAAAAGACACAGAAGAGAGCAUACCUUCCAGCAGAUGAAGUUCGGUUCGAUGAAGUGGGUCAUUGGUGUCGUUUUUUGGAUCGAGACGGCAAAAAGACGUGCAAAUUUCCGGGUUGCAAAUCCGAAACACAAGAGGAAAUUAUACAAAUCGUACAAGAAGCGGUGCAAAACGCGGUGCAAAACAUGGUGCAAGAAGCGGUGCAAGAAGCGAUGGCUCCAUUGCUUAAGCGGAUUGUUGCGAUUGAAAAUCAUUUGGGAAUCGGCGAUACAAG